CCUCACCUCCCCCCUCCCCUCCUCCUUCCUCGGCAAGACUAGGGUUUUACCCACCGGACCCCGCGAUGUACGGCGGAGGCGGCCAGUACGACGGCGGCGGCGGGCAGUACGACGGCAACGGCGGCGCCGCGAGCGCCAACAACCUCUUCGGCGGCGGCGGGUUCAUGCCCUCGCAGACCACCAACACCCCGGAGGGCGGCGGCGGCGGCGGCGGCUUCAACAAGGGUCGCGGCUCGCAGACGCUGAUGCCGCUCACCGUCAAGCAGCUCAUGGACGCGUCACAGACCAACGACGACAAGUCCAGCUUCGCCGUCAAUGGCUGGGAGGUGUCCACGGUUAGGCUUGUAGGACGCAUGUUGAAUAAGAACGAGCGGGUCACAGAUGUUACGUUUGUUCUUGAUGAUGGUACAGGCAGGAUAGAAGUGAAUCGCUGGGAAAAUGAGACGUCUGACACUGAAGAAAUGAAGUUAGUCAAUGAUGGCGACUAUGUUAUUGUCAAUGGUGGUCUGAAAGGUUUUCAAGGGAAGCGUCACGUGGUUGCUUAUUCUGUGCGGCUUGUAACCAACUACAAUGAUAUAACCCAUCACUUUCUGUACUGCAUUUAUGUGCAUCUGGAUCUUGCCAAGGCUAAGAGGUUGGCGUCUCAGCCCCAAGCAAAUGCUAGUACAUCAACAUGGAACCAAGCUCCACUUCUUAAUAAUCAGUCUGCAUCUGGAAAUACUGCUGGAAAAGAGUUAACUGAUUUGGUCAUGAGUGUGUUUCAUGACCCAGUACUUGGAAACAUGGAGCAUGGAGUAAGUGUCGAUGAGGUUGCUAGCCGUCUUAAACUAUCAGAUGCAGUGGCCAGGUCGACUGUUCAACAUCUUGCUGAUAUUGGCAACCUGUAUCCAACUAUCGAUGACAACCACUUCAAGUCUGCACUGAAUGGUUGAAUAUAUUAGGAUUCCUGUUGAGCUAUUAAGAUAAUA